CUCGGAGUCCUGGCUGGUUUUCCGUGAGCUGGUGGUGGUGGUGGUGGGCGGAGUGCUCCGUGGCUACAGCUCGGUGUGUGAUCAGCAGGGCUACCUGCUCCUGUUUCUCUCUGGUUUACGGUGUAGGAUCCUCCGUUUCACUACAAUGGGUGUAGAAGUGGAAACAAUAUCUCCGGGAGACGGCAGAACCUUUCCAAAGAAGGGGCAGACGUGUGUAGUGCAUUACAUAGGAAUGCUGCAGAAUGGAAAGAAGUUUGACUCUUCACGAGACAGAAACAAGCCCUUUAAAUUCAAAAUAGGUCGACAGGAAGUCAUCAAGGGCUGGGAAGAAGGAGUUGCACAGAUGAGCCUGGGCCAGCGGGCGAAAAUCACUUGCACUCCAGAUAUGGCAUACGGAGCUACAGGCCACCCAGGGGUCAUCCCCCCUAAUGCCACCCUCAUAUUUGACGUGGAGCUGCUAAAGCUGGAGUGAGCCCUCAUCUUAAGGAGCGGAGGAAACUCUAGCCCCUGCCCCACCAAGAAAACCCUUCCCACAAAUUUAGCCUCUUCAACUAGACACACAUAUCCUCUGCUUUAUUGCCAACCUGUGUUAUAUAUGCCAUCUAGCUCUUUUAAACAUUUUAAACACCCCUAGUUUGAUCAAGCGAUGUUUUGUUUUCAUAUUAGGUUAUAAUUCCUUUUAAAACGAUUUAGAAGCAUCAAAUCAGCAUUAACACAGUAUUAGUAUUCGGAUUCAAACCACUGCCUUUGAAGUUUUUUACUGUUUUUGAAGUGGAGGGAGGGUGUGUUGUAUACGACAAUUCUAUAUUUUGAGAGGCAUUAAUAACCACUGUCUGCAUUACCACUUUUGAUAAAAGAAAUGUCCUGCUGAAUGCACAUGAAACAAUAACAGUGUUGCUGUACUUAGUAUAUUUUAUAUGUAUCCCUCAUGAAGCAUUUGCUGCAAUUAUCAUAGGAGUUCACAAACCUUUGCCUAUAACUGGAAUAAAGUGAAUUCUGUACCAUGGAGUGCUUUGGCUUCUAUGAUCUAUUUUAUCAACCAACUCUUAAUAAAUAUUAAUAAUAUUUGGAA